GCACUCAGAGACAGUACCAACACGAACGUAGACUUCAGUUCUCUCUUUACCCACGUAUAGAACAGCUGAUGAUUCUUCCUACUCAAUGGGUACACAGGAAAAACGGCCGGAGCGUGAAGGUAUGCCGAGGCCUGGAAUGCUUAGAGCUCUAUCUUCGUGCUCAGUGUAUUUCAUCAUAAUGUGGUGCAGCUUGUGUUCAUAAAAAUGUGUACAACCGCGUAAGACGUGGUCUGUUGCAACCCUUUCGUGUUGACUUUGUAAUUAAACAAACAACCUAGCCCUAACAUGUAACGGGAGUGUACCUUCACAGAAUUCCUAGCGACAUUACUUCUCCGUAUAUCCCGAAGCGAUGUAUUAAUCCGCUGUCUGGCACAGUGUUGCCGCUAGAGCCAGCCAAUGGGCCAGUGCAACCAGUUCCUCAGUUUUGGGGACGCAUCACACGAGUAAACAACAGCGUCUUGCACAGAUACGGGUCCAGACCGGAUAUAAGGCCCACCCAGCCUUCUAUCCACCGGGACCGGAGUCAAACGGCCGGGGCGUGAUGCUAACCAUUCAUCGAAGUUAAGAAUGCGUGGCGUUAUACUUCCACUAGCCCAUACGACCACCCACUUGGCGUGGUACUUUGGAACAGAAUGUUGGUGACCAUGAGACAGCUAAUGUUGGCAGCAGUACUGGCAGUGAAUACAGUCAGCAGUGACAACUCAUGCCCUGUCUUAAGAAAAUGCCGCUGUGAUAAAAAUGUGAAGGGUGACCUGGAUCUAUGGUGCUCCCAUGUUCCACAAAAAGUUUUACUCCAUGCAAAACUGGUGCCUGAGAACAUGUUGAACUUGCAGUGUUUGUCAAUGACAUGGAUGGACUAUGAACUGCUGUCUGGGUUAAAUGUGGGUUCCAUCCCUCUUGUAGCCUUCACAUUCUGUCCCCUGCCUAAUAUGUCUCUGUACCAAAUGCUUCUAUCUGUUGGUGCCUCUGGGGUUGAAUCACUUGUAUUCCAAAACGGCAAUCUGAGCGACCCACUGGAAUCAUCCUUUUUGGAAGGGCUUACAAACCUCAAAACUCUCAUACUCCACAGCAAUGGAAUAACAUCUUUGCCCGAGGAAUUGUUCCAAGGGAUGACUGCACUCCAGUAUCUGGACUUGAAAGACAAUGCACUUCAGCUCCCUCUGCAUGUGUUUGACAGCCUGUCAAAUCUUCAAACACUGGAACUGGGUGGCAAUCAGAUGACGCGCCUCGAGGUGGGAAUAUUCCGUAACCUGUCCCGACUCGCCAGGCUGAACUUGUGGGGAAAUAACCUGCAGAACCUUACACAAGAUGUCUUUACUGGUUUGUCAAGUCUGGAGUUCUUGGACCUCAGCUCCAACAAGCUGACCUCAAUAUCUGCAGACUUGUUUCACAUGAUGCCGAAGCUCAAAGAGAUAACCAUGCCUGGCAACAAUUUCACUUCCCUGCCUCAUGACUUGUUCACAUCAACCAGCAGUCUGACAAAGUUAGGACUAUACAACAACAGGCAGCAGCUUCAGCACAUCCCGCCCGGACUGCUGGCCAACCUCACCAAUCUGCUGGAAGUAUACCUUAACAUGUGCGGCAUCACACAAGUGCCCGGUGACAUCUUCUGGGGAUCACUCGCAAUAGUCAACAUCUCCCUGCAUGGAAACUUACUGACAACUCUACCUGAAGAAUUGUUCCGGGACACAGUCAGUCUCAGAAACCUGAAGCUAGGUAACAAUCAGCUGCAAACCCUACCAGACGGUGUAUUCUUUGGACUUGGCAAGUUGGAGGCCCUGGAACUGGAUCACAACCACCUCACCAGCAUUACAGGGGAUCUGCUGAAGGACCUAAGAAGACUAGAACGGCUGAAUCUCGAGCACAAUAAGCUGCAACACAUUGCGGUACGGGCAUUCACACAUGUGCCUGGGCUUAAAGAUCUUACACUUUCCCACAACCGCCUGUCCUUAAGUGGGCCACAAACUGAAAUUGGAGAGGUCCAGUCUGUGCUCAGUGCCUGCGUGCAGCUUGAGAAACUCUUCGUCAGCAAUAAUUCCAUCAAGACUGUUUUCUCAGACUGGGUCCUCACCUUGCUGAACCUGCGAACACUGGAUCUGAGUCACAACCUCAUUUCCAACCUAACACUGGAAGACAUGCAGUUCCUGUCAAACUCUAUCACUGUGGACCUCACCUACAACAGCAUUUCCUCGGUUGACCUGCAGAACUUGGAGCUUGUAGCCUCAGCACAAGUACCUCACCGGCAUCUCCCAAAAAGAGAAAUUUUGCUGGAGGGGAAUCCCCUAAUGUGCGACUGCAAGUUGUAUGACUUGUUGCGCUAUUUUGAAGACAGACUUGAACCUGAGGCACGCAGCAUGUUUGAAAUCAUCCCUGGUAAUCUCACCUGUGCUGCCCCACCAGAGUGGAGUGGUAUCGCCGUGAAUCAUCUCAGUUCCGUCAAGAUACAGUGCCCACUUCCGCAACUCGGGGACUGUCCGAACCCCUGCACGUGUUCUGGGCGUCCAGCAGACUCUGCCUUGGUUGUGGACUGUUCGGGUUUGAAAUUGUCACAAUCCCCAGCAAGUUUGCCUGACCCACUCAAACUCAACAAAAGUGUCUUGUGGCCCAGACGACUCAGACUUAACCACACCGAACUGUGGCUCAAACGCAAUGGUAUCGUGAAGUUUCCUUGGAACACUGCACCAGGCUAUAGCAGAGUGACAAAACUCUAUCUCUCUUACAACAACAUCUCAACAUUCGUAGCAGAGCAGGUUCCUCCUCACUUGCAGGUGCUGGAAUUAGAUCACAAUAACCUGACACAGCUUGAUGCAUCCAUUCUGCAGGCAUUUGGCAACAAAACUGGCCUGCAGCAUAUCACACUUCAUGCUAAUCCGUGGCACUGCGACUGUGAAGCAAGGGGCAUAAUCACUUUCCUGCAGGAGCACUUCACUCAGGUUGCUUAUCUUCCCAACGUAACAUGUGGCGAUGGUUCAGGACGUUCUCUGUCAAAUCUCACCUUCAGUGACAUCUGCCCAGUGUCCAGUACUACUAUCGUGACAAUGAGCAUUAUCAUCGCCCUGUCCGGCAUCAUAGUAGGCAUCUCGGUGGCCCUGUACUACUAUUACCAGAAUGAAGUCAAAGUGUGGCUGUAUGCACGGGGUCUGUGUCUCUGGUUUGUGACGGAGGAAGAGCUUGACAAAGAGAAACUGUAUGAUGCCUUCAUCAGUUACUCGCACCGUGAUGAGGAGUUUGUUGUGAAUCACCUGGUGCCAGGGCUGGAGGGUGGCACAACACAAUUCAAAUUGUGUCUGCACUAUCGUGACUGGAUAGCAGGGGAGUGGAUUCCUAACCAGAUAGCACGAUCUGUGGAAGACUCACGAAGGACGCUAGUAGUGCUUUCACCCAGCUUCUUGGAGAGCGUGUGGGGUCGCAUGGAAUUCCGCACGGCACAUAGCCAGGCCCUGAGCGAGGGUCGUGCCAGGGUCAUCGUGUUGCUCUAUGGAGACGUCGGUCCAAUGGAGCAGCUGGAUCCUGAACUACGAGCCUACCUUAGCAUGAACACAUAUGUAAAGUGGGGUGACCCUUGGUUCUGGGACAAACUGCGCUAUGCCCUGCCCCAUCCUCAGAAAGUGGGUGAAAGAGGCAUGGAACUAAAUCCCCGGAGAAAGGUGAAGGAUGAUAAGCUGGAACUUAUCAACCCUUCGAUCCCUCCAUCUGCCACAACCACCACCUUCACCCAUACUCCAAUGACACAGUCCUCAAUUCCCUUUAGGGCUGCACCAGUAACCAAUGGAGACACGUGACAUUGCUGGCACAGACAAAUGACAGUUGCCACAUGAAGUCCAUGUGAACAUUCUGAUAAGCUCAAGACACAGUACCUGAUGCAGCUUAUUUGCCUAACUUGUAAAUAAUGUGAUGGUAGCCACUGUAAAUAAUAUGAUGGUAGCUGAUGGACAAACCUGUUCUUUUCUAUUAAAAUAUUCAUGAAAGAUAUCUGUACUCCACUGCUAAUUUUACCCACCCUCCUACCUUCUACUGCAUCCCUUUGCACAGAAAACAAAUCCCUUACAUCCUUCCAACUUAGUACAGAAGAGAGAGCCAAAUCUAAUGACGUACAGUACUUAUACCCAUGUGACGAUGGGAGUGGCCUACUGAUGUCGGUCGGACACAAAAAUGUCAAUACUGGUAUCCUAUUAAUUACAUCUGAUUCCAGAGGAAGUCACCUAUUACUCCAGAAAUAAGAGUGUAACUCCAAAUUGAAACGGAGAGUCCAGGGAUUCUCAACUUGCAUCAUCCUGUCAAUGUGUUCUGUGUGAACUACAUACAUUUUUUUAUAAUGCAUCACCCUGCAUGUUGAAGAAAUACUAGUGCCUAGGUGAAAUCGUAUUGUCAUUUUAAAUGAAUAGUUAAUAAAAAAUUGUUUUUGAAAAUAAA